AAAAACUGUUUAUUUUUUUAAUGUAAUGUCACUUUGACAGCUAUGACUUUACCCAUACGUUUUGUUAUCGUACGCAAAUUAUUGUUGCACUGAUGUGGCCAAAAGAUACUAUAAUAGUAUAAUAGUGGGGAGCAAUGUUGUUUAAAAGAGGCUAAUUACAAAUAAGUAUACCUAAAUAUUAACGAAGAUCCCUCGAGGUAAAGCAACACAUAAAAAUAUAAUAAACCAUGGCUUUUCGUUCAUUUAGAUCAGAAUAUAUGCAAAUACCGCCUGUGACGAGAGUUUACACGACGGCAUGUGUCCUAACAACAUUAGCGGUCCAAUUGGACUUGGUAACGCCAUUUCAAUUGUAUUUCAACCCAAUUUCGAUUUUGAGACAGGGUCAAGUUCAUCGAUUAGUUACAGCGUUUCUAUUUUUCGGAACAUUUGGUUUUAAUUUCUUCUUUAAUAUGAUAUUUACGUAUCGGUAUUGUAGAAUGUUGGAGGAGGGAUCGUUUAGGGAUAGAACGGCUGAUUUCGUUAUGAUGUUUUUGUUUGGAGGAAUAUUUAUGAUUGCCUUCGCCUUUUUUGUUAAUCUCUUAUUCUUGGGGCAAGCAUUUACAAUUAUGUUAGUUUACAUUUGGUCGAGGAGAAAUCCAGCUAUUCGUAUGAACUUUUUUGGAAUAUUAGAUUUUUACGCUCCUUAUUUACCAUGGGUUCUUUUGGGAUUCUCACUUCUAUUAGGAAACGCAGUUUAUGUCGAUUUAAUGGGGAUAGCCGUCGGUCAUAUUUAUUAUUUCUUAGAGGACGUUUUUCCGAGGGAACGGGGUGGAUUUAAGGUGUUAAAAACACCUUCGAUAUUAAAGCAACUAUUAGAUGGACAAAACGAACAAGAAUAUCAUGUUUUACCGGAAGAACGACCUGGCGGUUUCGAAUGGGGUAAUGAAGGUCGUCCAAAUCAAAACGCUGAAGUUCGAAAUGAAUAACAAAUUUUGCUAUGAAAUGUUAAAUAACUAAUAAUAAUAACUAGUUUCCUAAUA